AUGAACGGCCCACCGAAUCCCCCAGAGCAGCUCGACUAUUAUGAAAUUCUCGGAGUUAAUGAACGCGCAUCAUAUGCUACGAUAGAGAGAUGUCACAAGCGAUUACAAGCUUCAUACCAUCCUGACAGUAGAAGGGUUGGUGCUGCACCCAGCACAGAGCACUUCCAAAACGCCGGCAUUGCCUGGGAUACGCUCGAAAGCGAUGGGAAGCGCGCCAGAUAUGACAAAAGUUACCCUAACAUACGAAAGCAAUGGGACGUCUAUCGAAUAAACCUCGCCAAAUGGAACGAUGAGCAACGAGAAAUCGCGCAACGACAUGCUAGAGCCGCAGCACGACAGCAAAAGGUUCGCGAGGAAAACAUGACGAUCGAGAAGGAAAAACAAAGAGUGUUAGAAGAAAAGGCCAAGGAGGCCACUAGACGUCGAGCUAGGGAGGCUAAUCAUCGAAACUGGAUGGAAGAAGGAAUCCGUCAACGAGAGCGAGAAGCACAAUACGCGAAAGAGCGUCUCCAGGAGGAACACAGGCAACAGGAGCUAGCACGAGCUGAGGAAGAAACCCGUAUAAAAGCUGACUGGGUGAAGGCCCAGAAAGAACGAAACGUUGCCAAGGGGUUUGGAUCAUCACCGCGAGCAUCAGACGAAAAGGAUGAGCUAAGAGAACGCUGGCGUCUUGCGGAAGACCGAACAAAAGAGCAAGCUCGUAAAGCCGGACGCAUGAAUGACGCCGCCGCUAAUGAGAGACUUCGAAAGCAACAGGAGAUACCUCGACCAAAUGAAGACGAACACGGUCAAUCUACAAGAUCGGCUCACAACGAAAGUCUAGAAAGAGAAAGACUUGCUAAGAAACAGCGCGAUGCGGACGAGAGACAGGCCAAGGUCUUCGCCGAUGCACAGAAGCGACAUGCCGAAGCAGCUGAAGAGCGCCUUCGUCGCCAAGAAAACGAUUCCAAAUCGCUCAAGCGGCCUACCACUGAUGAUGUCGAGCAAAACAUGGCAAACGCAAAAACUUCUAAGGUCGAGACAGCUACUGCUCCAAGUUCCCGCCUCCGAAAACUCAUGGCACUCGAGCAGGCCAGGCGGAAACACAGCGAAAGGCUUCGGGAGGUAGGAGGACCCGGAAAUGAAGAAAAGCUAAGAGAUGAGAGUAUUGAACUGGGAUGGAAGCACGUCGAGUAUCAGAAUGAGCCGUGUCCACAAUGCUAUACAAAGAAAAGUGCUGCACAGUUCGGCUUAUGGGAGUGCCCAGACGGAGGGGCAUUACGCUGUCGACCAUGUUUGGCGGCAUUGAGUGUGUUUAGUGCAUGA